GGGGAGAGCGCGGCUGUGGCUGUCUUCCCCGGUGACGAGAAGCGCCCGUGUCGGGCAGCGGCAUCAUGAAGCCCAGACCCGCGGUUUUCGUAGACAGGAAACUGAAGCAGCGGGUCAUUCAGUACCUCACUAGUAAUAGAUGUGGCAAAUAUGUGGACACUGGAAUCUUAGCAUCCGACUUGCAAAGAAUGUACAGUGUAGAUUAUGGUCGAAGAAAAAGAAAUGCUUUCAGGAUUCAGGUAGAGAAAGUAUUUAGCAUAAUUAGUAGUGAGAAAGAACUUAAGAAUCUUAAAGAACUAGAAGAUGGACAUCUGGCAAAAAGAGCAAGACUAGAUGAAGAGGAUGAGUACACUGAAAGCUAUUCUGAUAAUGAUUCGAACAUGGAAGAUUACCCAGAUCCACAGUCAGCAAAUCACAUGAACAGUUCCCUGCUCUCUUUGUAUCGGAAAGGAAACUCUGAUUCUGUUUCAACCACGCCAAAGUUGGAACAGAGAGAAGCCACCACUUCAACACCAUUGCUGACAUCUAAAACGGACUCCAUGCCAUUGAAGACCCCUGCCCGAGAAUCUGAGGGAGGAUGGUUUAUUGACAAAAUUCCAAGUGGAAAGAAAGAAAGUCUUCCCUUGGACCUAUCAGAUGACCAAAGCAGCUAUAAAAAGCAGGAUUCUGAGAUUCAGAAUUUAAAAGACUCUUCUCUUUUGGAAAGUGAUAAGAAAAGGAAAGGUAGGGCAAAGGGCAAAGGAAACAAAAGAAAAACAGAGGAUCUUCAAGAAGUAGAUGGAGAAAUAGAAGCUAUUCUGCAAAAGAAAGCUAAAGCAAGGAGUACAGAGUUGCAGAUUUCCAAUGUGAAGUUUGAAGAUGUGGGAGGCAAUGAUGCAACAUUAAAAGAAGUCUGCAAAAUGCUCAUACACAUGCGUCAUCCAGAGGUAUACCAGCACCUUGGUGUCGUGCCCCCUCGUGGAGUUCUCCUGCAUGGACCACCAGGCUGUGGGAAGACAUUACUUGCACAUGCAAUAGCAGGGGAACUUGACUUGCCGAUUCUGAAAGUGGCUGCUCCAGAGAUUGUGUCAGGAGUUUCUGGAGAGUCUGAGCAAAAGCUCAGAGAGUUAUUUGACCAGGCUGUGUCAAAUGCACCAUGUAUUGUUUUCAUUGAUGAAAUUGAUGCAAUUACCCCCAAAAGAGAAGUUGCUUCAAAAGAUAUGGAACGAAGAAUUGUAGCCCAGCUUCUAACCUGCAUGGAUGAUCUGAAUAAUGUGGCAGCUACAGCCCGGGUCCUAGUUGUUGGAGCUACUAACCGGCCAGACUCAUUGGAUCCUGCUUUGAGACGUGCAGGAAGGUUUGACCGGGAAGUCUGCUUGGGUAUCCCAGAUGAGGCAGCCAGAGAAAGAAUUCUCCAAACGUUAUGCCGAAAACUGAGGCUUCCGGAAACUUUUAAUUUUUGUCACUUAGCACACCUAACACCAGGCUUUGUUGGCGCUGAUCUGAUGGCUCUUUGCCGAGAGGCGGCCAUGUGUGCGGUCAAUAGGGUCUUGAUGAAACAGCAGGUGCAGCAGAAGAAAAAGCUAGAGACUGAAGGCUUGCCCUCUGAAGGAGACCAGGAGGAAAGGCUGGGAGCUGAACCCACUUCUGGAACACAGGAUGAAUUGCAAAGGCUGUUGGGGUUGCUAAGAGACCAAGAUCCCCUCUCAGAGGAACAGAUGCAAGGACUGUGCAUUGAAUUGAAUGAUUUCAUUGUUGCUCUAGCAGAAGUCCAGCCUUCUGCCAAAAGGGAAGGCUUUGUAACUGUCCCUAAUGUGACAUGGGCUGAUAUUGGUGCCCUGGAAGAUAUUAGAGACGAGCUUAUAAUGGCAAUAUUGGCACCUGUUCGCAACCCAGACCAGUUCAGAACUCUUGGUUUGGGCACUCCAGCUGGCAUCCUCCUAGCUGGUCCUCCUGGGUGUGGAAAAACCCUGCUAGCAAAGGCUGUGGCAAAUGAGUCUGGACUAAAUUUUAUAUCUGUCAAAGGCCCUGAAUUACUGAAUAUGUAUGUUGGUGAGAGUGAACGUGCUGUUCGACAAGUUUUUCAGCGAGCCAAGAACUCAGCACCCUGCGUGAUAUUUUUUGAUGAAGUGGAUGCUUUAUGUCCACGGAGAUCAGACCGAGAAACAGGUGCUAGUGUUCGUGUGGUGAAUCAGCUGCUUACAGAGAUGGAUGGCUUAGAAACACGCCAGCAAGUUUUUAUUUUAGCUGCCACUAAUAGACCAGAUAUCAUUGACCCUGCCAUUCUGCGCCCAGGCCGGCUGGACAAAACGCUCUUCGUUGGUUUGCCUCCCCCAGCAGACCGCUUUGCCAUAUUAAAGACUAUUACAAAACAUCUGGGUGCAGACCUCACUGCUCUGGUACGGGAAGCUUCUCUCUGUGCCCUGAGACAGGAAAUAACAGGACAGAAGAAUGGAAUUGGAGCAGGUGAGCUUAAGGUCAGUCAUAAGCACUUUGAAGAAGCUUUCAGGAAAGUAAAACCGUCCAUAUCAACAAAGGAUCAAAUGAUGUAUGAAGCUCUGCAGAGGUCCCUCAGUCAGUGAUGUUUGCACUACCUGGCAUGGAGGAGAUGUCUAGUACGUGGAACUCACCACGAAUCACAUUCGCUCUUUCAACUUGACACAGAUGAUCUUUUUUUUUUUAUCAGAACCAGUUAUCUAUUUUUUGGAAAGUAAGUUGGCUGUGUUAGCAAAACCACAUCUGCCAGUGUGGGCUGACAAACCAUGUGCUAGGCCCCAAGAAAGUCACCCUGAACCACUGUCCUGACCCUGCUGGCUGACAGGCAAGGGAUAGCCACCCAAGCCCAGUAAGAGUACAAAAAGUAGCAAAAUUGCAUUCACCACUCUCUCCCAGGCUUUGAAAGGUAGCAGGCUAGGCUAUAAAAGUCUAGAAGCACUGCAUAGGAAGUGUUAAGCCUACAGCAAAACAACUUGUAAAAACUCAAUAAAUUAUAUAUUGAUAGAUAAACUUAUAGCAGAUAUCUAUUAACAUCUGAACCUUCUUGUAAGACCAGUCCCUCCCUGGGCACAGGCUCCUGCCUGGAAUACAUAGCAAUUAAAAUAAUCUGUAUGAAAAAUACCAGUUCACCUUGAAAUUUUUAAACAUCUCCUAAAGAAAGCUUCUAUAUAAAUCUAAUCUCCCACAAAAGAGGGCCAAAGGCAACAGGAAACGCUACCUGGAGCCAGCUCUGACUAGGAAAGCUAGCUGCUCAUGCGCCAAGGGGCUACGUCCAGCCUGGUGGAGGCCAGACAUACGGUCUCAGCAACUCCCUAAGUCCAGCAUGAACCUCUUCCGCUGUUAUUAAGUUACAACUUAAAAUGUCUGCAGUACCCUGGGACUAAAUGCUGUUACCCUGGGGUCAGGGACUGGAGCUCUGGGGGUUGAUAAAUAUAGCUUUACAAAUGUACAGGUCCACUACAAACAAAACUGCCAUGCCAGAAAAGCCCCUUGCUUCUCAGCCUUCUCUUGCCAGUUUAUUAGUAAGCCCCAUGGAGUAUCUUGCUCCCUUGGGCCUCAGCUUUGCCUUUUUUCAUAUGGAUGUGUGUGUGUGUGUGUGUGUGUGUGUGUGUGUGUGUGUGUGUUUUGUACAACAUCUAUUUAUAUAAAUAUACAUUUCCUCUGGAAUACACCUUUCUGAUAGACACUAUACACCCCCCUUCAGGUACCUGUACUUUCUCUCUGAGGGGCAGGGUGGGAAGCAGGCAGCCUGAAGAUGUCGAGCUAUGACACUCCCAGAUAUAAGGUGUCCUGUAGGAGAGAGGCUUGCCACACAGAGCAGAGCCUCCCUGCAGGCUCAGCUUGGAGCACCAAAAAGGCCAAGGCCCACUCCCCACAGC